UUCCUUCCUUGUUCCAUCAAUUACUCGUGAUUUAGGCUCUAACACUAACAAUCAGACGCAUCGAAAAUCAGCAGCACAUUCUUUUCUUUUGCAUCAACAGUUGAAAGAAUCUCAUGGAGGUUGAUCCAUUCGAGGCACGUCUUGAAUUCCGUGGCUUGCUUGGCAGACUUAAUGCUUCACAGCAUUCGAUCCAGAAGGUCGGGAACUUCGCCAUGAGGAAUAAGAACCUUCAUGAGGAUCUUUACAGUUGUAUUAUUGAGGAGCUAGAGCAGACGCCUUCUAUCAACACCAAAAUGAAUAUAUUUUAUGUUCUCGACUCCAUAUGUCACCAGAGCCACAAGGCAGGCUUUUCAGGAUAUAUGGAUCUUAUUCAAAGAAAUCUGCACAAGAUAAUCGAGUGCGUUACUCCAAGCGGGCCAAAAGGCAACGUGAAUGUCGCAGGGACGAAAAAGAUUCUGGACUCCUGGCGGGCAAAACGUCUGUUUAACGAAAGUGUGAUUGAUAAAGUGGAGAAGCCUCUUUUAUCAAGGGACUUGGGCGCAAAUACACUAUCAAACGCUGAAGCAGGAUUCACAAAGGACGAUAUCCUGAAACGAAUGGACGAGGAUAGGGAGCGUCAUAAAAGAAUACGCGAAGAAAUAUGGAUCAGACCACCGGAUGAGGACUCGGAUGCAGAGUUUUUACAAAGCUGGGAUGAAGUAUCUGACAUGGAGGAAAAUGACUAUGAGGAUAUCGAGAGUGAAAACGAAAAAUAUCUACCAAACUAUCCAUGGAGCUUGGAAUUUGAUCGCUUUUUACCCUCACCCGCUAUUUUUAAAUCUAAAACAAAUUCGACAUCUGCAACAACUUUUGAUUCAUCUCUCGAUUCUGGUGCGGUAGCGACGAAGCGGCUCACAAGCCCAGAGGGGACAGUAUCUGUGUCGAAUGCCGGUGCAGGAGCAGGAACAGGAGCUACACAGGUGUCAGGUCAUCACAAUGGUUACCAUGGACAACACAACGUUCAUUUUCCACACCAGCCAACAUCACAACAACAAGUUUACUCACCAACGAGUGCUUCUGCUACCGACAACAAUUACAUCGGAAGUACGAUUUCACGUAGUCACUUCCACUCAUACUAUGAUUCAUCUAUUCCGACUGCACCAACCUCAGAGGGGCCUGCUCCAUCCUAUAGAACAUCACCAUCAUCUACGUAUCAGCCAUUUCCUAGGACACACUACCAAGAAUGCACUACCAGUAGCGGCGGCAGCCUCCAAUCUGGACAUUCUAAUGGUCAUAGCGACCGUGGACCAUAACUAGACUACAAUCCAU